CAGCGGCAGCGCGAGGCAGAUUAGAGCUGUGCCUGGGAUCAGUGAGCACACGCGCUCUAUCCCCCUCCCUCUCAGAGCAACUAGUGCCUCUGUCUGUCUCUCCUUUCUCCGCAUUUCCUCUCUCUUUAGCUUUUCACUAGUUUUCCCCUCAUUCUGAUGUUCCCGUCGGCGGAUGAUUCGUGUGUUUCUCUUUGAGAAGCAGCUCUGAUUUUCCUUUGUGUAAAAAAAUAAUAAUCGCGCAUUCGCACGGACUCGCGCUGCGCGCACACCGCUCCGGUUAAACCAGCGCCGUUUCCUCUUUUCUAGUUAAACGGAAAUAAGAAUAAAGAAAAUGCAUCUUUACAAUUUCAUCGGUAUUUCCCCAUGUAAGCACACACACUCCCCCCGUAUGUUAGUAUUUGGUGUAUAGCAGGUAGAACGAGCGCUGGUUUGAGGUUUAGAGAGACCGGGCUGUAAGUAGGUCGGGCUGGGUUUAAGCGGCUUUAGCCUGCGUCAGCCUAAGCUGGGAGGAAUUCACCCAAAGCCCUCCGCGGUAGGCGGGGGCCUAAACGAGGCUGGCCUAGUUAAGCCUGAUUCUUAUUGUUGCCCGUGUGUGUUGUGUAACACAGAGCAGAGAAGACCUCGGAUGAGAGAGAGUACAUGCGUUAGACAGACUGUUUGAUUGAGAAUCCAUGACGGGGGAGAAAGAAGAGGGACAAGGAAGAGAGUGAGUGAGAGUUAAACCAGUAUUAGCCUGAGCCUCAUCACAACAGAAAGAAAAGGGAGGUAGAGAACCAGACCAAAUCUCAAAAGAAGGAGAGGAAAAGAAACAAGAUAUUGUGUUGAGUUAGUGCUGGUGUCUAGGCCUGGCUCGGUCCAGUCUGGUUCCCUGGGCUAUGUUCUAAGAUGGCGUCUGGCUCCGUCUACAUGUCGUCCAGUAUGGUGGGUAAGGCUCGCUCCUCCAACUUCACCCUGUCUGAGAAACUGGACCUGCUGAAGCUGGUCCGCCCACACAUUCUCAUCCUGGAGGAGCACACCAACAAGCACGCUGUCAUCGUGGACAAGAACAAGUGCUGGGACACAGUGUCUGAUCAGUACAACGUCCUGGGGGGGGACAGGCCCCCCCGCACUGCCCAGGGCCUACGCACCCUCUACAAGAGGCUGAAGGAGUCGGCCAAACAGGAAGUGAUGCAACGGAGACACGCCCAGCCAGAGUACAGAGGAAGUAUAUCUGAACCAACCAGGAGAGUGAUGGAGAUGAUACCUCACCUUUUCCGUCACGGAGCUAUUCACCAUGAUAAAGACCCAGCGACGAUGCACAGGGUGAUGUAUAAGCAUGACUCUCCCAUGGAGCAACCUGGCAGCAGCUCCUCCCUCCCAGACUACCCAUCAAACCCCGUCACCCACCACCUGGACCAGGAUGUGGUCAGGCUGGACCAGGAUGUGGUCAGGCUGGACCAGGAUGUGGUCAGGCUAGACCAGGACGUGGACGUGAAGCCUCCGCCAGACCUGACCAUCCUCUCCACCCGUGUGGGGGUGGUGCUAGGAGGAGAGGGGGCGGAGGAGGAAGAUGAGGACUUGGGCAGUGUCCAUGGUUAUGACGGCUCCCUCUCUCCCUGCCCAUCCUCUGUCGUCCUGCCCCUCUCCACCUCACCCGUUCCACUGCAACGUGACCUUUACCCUCAUGACCACUACCCCCGCUGUGACCCUGACAGGCUCCGUCCCCUUCAGCUGGCCAAGGAGGAGCACGAGCAGAUCAUGACCAAUCACAGAAAGAUGGGCGUAUACCUGGAGGAGAAGAGGGAGGGGCUAAAGAGGAAGCAGGAACUGGAGGAGGAGCUCCUGAGAGCAAAAAUCAAAGUAGAGAAACUGAGGGCAGCCAGGCUGAGACAUGGACUACCACUGCCCCUAUAACUAACACACCCAUGGCCUGACUGGACUGAGCAUAUGGAACUCAGGAGGAUGCUCUGAACUGUUUCUAUGUCUGUGUUUAGCGUGUGGAAGAGGGGUUUGGCCUGAGAAAUCAUGUUUGUGUGAUGAGCAGUGAGUUUGAAGGAGGAUUUAAAGGUCCAAUGCAGCCUUCUCAAUCUCAAAUAAUUUCUGGGUAAAAAUGAAUUACAUUACUGUGAUUGUUUUCUAUUAAAAUGCUCAAAAAGAGACAAAAAUAGAUUUUUUGCAAAGUUAAAUUUCUCAAGUAAGAAUUUUGCUAGGAUUGUCUGCGAGUGGUCUGAGUGGGGAGGGGAAAACUGAUAACAAACUAUUAUUGGCUGAACGGUUUUCAGCUCUCUUUCUUAUUGGUCUAUUAACACAUUUAUGGUGAUGUCACCAGGCAGGCCAAAACUCCAUCCCACCAAAACAGGCUGAAAUUUCAGCCAAUCUUUUCUAACAUCUCUUAUGCUAAAAAGGCACUAUCAUAGUUUUCACCAUUUCACAGUAUUCCAAUCUCAUAGUGUGGAAAUAUACAGGACCAGUCAAAAGUUUGGACACAUCUACUAAUGGAAUUGUACUAUUUUCUACAUUGUAGAAUAGUAGUGAAGACAUCAAAACUAUGAAAAAACACAUAUUUAAUUUUUUUUCAACAAACACACAUUGCACUAAAAAAGUGUUCUUCGACGUGGCCACCCUUUUGUCUUGAUGACAGCUUUGCACACUCUUGGCAUUAUCUCAACCAGCUUCAUGAGGAAUGCUUUUCUUACAGUCUUGAAGAAGUUCCCACAAAUGCUGACUACUUGUUGACUGCUUUUCCUCCACUCUGAAGUCCAACUCAUCCCAAACCAUCUCAAUUGGGUUGAGGUCAGGUGAUUGUGGAGGCCAGGUCAGCUGAUGCUGCACCAUCUCUCUCCUUGGUCAAAUAGCCCUUACACAGCCUGGAAGUGUGUUUUAGGUCAUUGUCCUGUUGAAAUACUAAUGAUCGUCCCACUAAGCGCAAACCAGAUGGGAUGGCGUAUCGCUGCAGAAUGCUGUGGUAACUAUGCUGGUUAAGUGUGCCUUGAAUUCUAAAUUAAUCACAGAUGGUGCUUUGCUCAUGACACUAUCACACCUCCUCCUCCAUGCUUCACGGUGGAAACCACACAUGCGGAGAUCAUCCAUUCACCUACUCUGCGUCUCACAAAGACAUGGCGGUUGGAACCAAAAAUCUCAAAAUUGGACUCAUCAGAGCAAAGGACAAAUUUCCACCGAUCUAAUGUCCAUUUCCCGUGUUACUUUUUUGGGCAAAGAAUCUUCUUAUUGGUGUCCUUUAGUAGUGGUUUCUUUGCAGAAAUUAGACCAUGAAGGCCUGAUUCAAGCAGUCUCCUCUGAACAGUUGAUAUUGAGAUGUCUGUUACUUGAACUCUGAAGCAUUUAUUUGGGCUGCAAUUUCUGAGGCUGGUAACUCUAAUGAACUUAUCAUCUGCAGCAGAGGUAACUCUGGGUCUUCAUUUCCUGUGGUGGUCCUCAU